CAGGUCAAAAUGGAUAUUAACAUAGCAUUAGAUGAACCUUUGACCAACAAUAGUUGUGUGAAACUCGUAAUUGAAUUUCUAAAAUAUAUUUUAUAUCAAAAACAACAAAUACCAUUUGCAUGCGAUUCAUUAGCUCAACUACAAAUGAAACCAACUGAUAGAAAUUUAUCUUCUAUAAAAACAGUGUUAAACUCUUUAAAAAACACGACAGAACAACUAAAUUCGCAAUUUGAGCUCGAAGGCUGCAAAAUUAAAGAAAUUGCUAUACUUAUUGGUGCCACAAUAAUAACACCAAAGUUGCAUAUUAGAGUUGAAUUUCCAUCUAAUAUUCUUAGUAGCCAAGAACAUUUUGAAUGCAAACAUACUUCUAGAAAACCUCUCUUAAGCUUAAUGAGGUCAAUGUUAGAGUGUUCAGAAUUCCAAGAUGCAUUGAAUUCACCAUUGAAUCCCACAAACACCUUUGUAUUGAUACAAAAAAGUGAUAGUAAUUCUAUGUCAGAAUUUUUUUUACCUAAGCCACAAUAUAUACCUUCAAAGCACACUACAAAUUAUUUUGUAUUAAAAUUAAAAUAUAAGGAUGAAAUAAAAAUAGAUUGUAAUUGUGCAGAUAUAGUGAAAAUUUACAAUGAAGAAUCUGAAACAUAUACUAAUGGUGAGGACAUUGGAUUCUUAAAUAAUUCAAGUGUAAAUAUUCCACAUGCUCCUUAUCAAUGGUAUCAAUCUAAGGAAGUGAUUAAAGGAUUCAAAUUUUUAAGAUGA